UAGCUGGAACCGAGGAACUGAAAUCCUGCACCUCUCCGGGUCCUACCCCCUCUCCCGUCGCCCUGCCCUUCCUCCAGUCCCGGGGCGCGAGACUGCCCCUGGAGUGACCCGCUUUUAAUCAGCUUCCCAAGCAGAUCACAUGAGUGCAAAGUGCCCUCUCGCGCUCUGCCUCCCUCCUCUCCCGCUCGCAGUCUGCGCGCAAGUGAGUCCAAGCGAGGAGCGGCGAGUUCCCCGCCUCCAGCAGCCCGAGCUUGGCGAGACAAUCCCAGCCGGAGCGGGGAAGCGAGAGCGCACGGGGCGGCGAGGAGCCCCCACAUCCAGCCCGAAAGAGACGGCUCGGCCCGGCGCUCCCAGGCAGCCAAGCCCACAGCCGAAGGCAGCGGGGCCGACAACUCCACAGUUACUGAUCACCUGGCUUGUCUGUCUAACACCCACCUAAGCCCUAGUAGAGUGGAUUGUUGCCAGCAUAAUUGGUGAGAGUGUUCUGACUGAGAAGGGCCACCUGAAUCUGCUGAGCCUCCCAGAAAUGUUUUCCCAGAGAACCUCUGCAAUGCAGCAGCAACAACAACAGCACCGAAUGUUCACAGCCGCCGUCUUGGCGUUCAUUUUCAUUCUGGCCGCCAUGGGCACUACUGAGGCUGGCAAAAAAGAAAAACCAGAGAAGAAAGUGAAGAAGUCUGACUGUGGGGAGUGGCAGUGGAGCGUGUGUGUACCCACCAGUGGAGACUGUGGCCUAGGGACCCGCGAGGGCACUCGCACUGGAGCCGAGUGCAAGCAAACUAUGAAGACCCAAAGGUGUAAGAUCCCCUGCAACUGGAAGAAGCAGUUUGGAGCCGAGUGUAAAUACCAGUUCCAGGCCUGGGGAGAAUGCGACCUGAAUACCGCCUUGAAGACUCGAACUGGGAACCUGAAGAGAGCCCUUCACAAUGCUGACUGCCAGAAAAUUGUCACCAUCUCAAAGCCCUGUGGGAAGCUUACCAAACCCAAACCUCAAGAACCCAAGAAGAAGAAAAAGGAAGGCAAGAAACAGGAGAAGAUGCUGGAUUAAUAGAAGCUUUGCUGGGCAGCAGGAGAAAGGGACAUCAGCAAACGUGUUCAGUUAACAGUUUCAUUUACAUCUAGGCGAUUUACCCUAAAAUUAUUUAUAGCUUAAUUGUACAAUAGGAGGAAACACACACACACACACACAGACACCUUUUUUAAAAUUUUACUCUAGUAUUUUUUAAUGUAUAACCCUAACAACAUUUUAGAGGCCUGCAAUAAAGAACUGUAAUUUCAUUUGGAAAAUUAUUUCUACAGUAUAUUGAAAAAUGUAGAGUAUUUUAAGGUAUUUUUUCCCUCAAGUCUUAUUUUAGGUGUCGAUCCGGACAAGUUACUCCAUGCAGGCAGAGCCUUGAGCCUGUGGAAGUCAGUGGGGCAGUGUGGGGGAGCAGGAGUCUGCCCACAUGCAGUAACGUGUAGGAUUCAGGCCUUAGGUUUGAAACAAACAGGACUUUUUUGGGGGGGCGGGGGGAGAGUCUUUUAAGAUUCUUUUC